CCACAUUUUUUACUUUGAUUUUCGAGUUGUUUAAAUUUCAAUUUAUUUCUUUGUAGAAUUAUUUUUACUUUGUGUUAAAGCAAUCGAAUAUAUCUUAACCAUGGCUGCUGAUACUAUUUCGGUAAAAUCGCCAAAGAAGACGACGACCCCAGCUUCGAAAUCGAAAAAAUCUUCUCAUCCUCCUUCAUCUAAAAUGGUGAAUUCUGCAAUCUUCAACCUCAAGGAAAGAAGCGGCUCUAGUCUCCAAUCUAUCAAGAAGUACAUUGCUGCGACUUAUACUAUUAACAUCAAAAGACAAGCUCCUUUUAUCAAUAAAUAUUUAAAGAGUGCAGUAGCAAAUGGUUCUUUAAUUCAGACAAAAGGAAAAGGUGCUUCCGGAUCAUUUAAACUAUCGGAUGAGAGCAAGUUGCAAAUGAAAAAAUUAAAAGUUGAUGUUUCUCCAAAAUUAAAGAAACCUGUUGCUGAGAAAAAGACUUCCAAGAUUGUUGUUAAACCUCCAAAAGCUAAAUCCGCUAGUCAAAUGAAGGUUUCCGUUUCUCCGAAGAAAACAAAAGUACCUAAGGAAAUUGCAACGAAACCAAAAAAAAUUGCAGCUAAGAAGUAGAGAUUUUUUUAAUGGCGUUAUACAUAUAUAAAA